AGGCAGCAGGACGGUGGAGCGUGGAGGGCUACAAGUGCUUCUCUAUUAGACUUUCAUAGAGCAGCCUAGGAAAUGCAACAAUCAUCUGUCAAAUGGAUGCAAACAUAAGAGAGAGAGUUUCCUGAAGCAUGGCUUAGAUUAGAAGCCGUGGCUUGCUAGAGAGGAGUUCUGAUGGCUUGUAUGGAGCUUCUGUACCUCACCAAGAAAGGUAGGCGAUCAGAUCUGUGCAACAAUGUGGACUGGAGUUUUCAAGCCCCUCCCUAUGAACAGCAGAGUGAUGGGGACGCUAUGGGGGCUAGAACAGCAGCUGCGGUGGCAGCUCUCUGCUGUGAUAGGCACUGCAAGUCUACACAAAGGGCAGCCACAGCAGGUCCCACCCAGGCACCCCUUUCCUCCACUCCUACCCCCUCUUUCUCCUGGCAGCAGGCAGCAGCGUCAAGCAGCACCCAGCCCUGCUGCCAGCCAGCUCACUUGGAUGGAGAAGAGGAAGCAGAAAAGAAGAGAGCCUGUUGCUGUGCCCAGGAACUGGAGACAUCGUUUACUUAUAGGGAUGAAAAUGUCAAUCUGGAGCAUCCGAGAAACGCCCCUUCUCCUGUGAAGAGUUGCUGCCAGAUUCCCCCUGCCCAGCAUAGCUCCUCUACAGAGAUCGCACCCGAUUGGGCUCAUGAUCCUACCUCCCUGAUCUCUGAGGAAGAUGAUACUGGAUCAGAAGCUGGUUCAGGGAAAUCUGUAGACUAUGGGUUCAUUAGUGCCAUCUUGUUCCUGGUUAGUGGGAUUUUGCUCGUUAUCAUUUCCUAUGUGGUGCCCAGAGAUGUGACUGUGGAUCCUAACACUGUAGCAGCCAGGGAGAUGGAGCGACUGGAGAAUGAGAGCGCUAGAAUCGGGGCUCACUUGGAUAGGUGUGUGAUCGCUGGGCUGUGUCUCUUAACUCUGGGGGGUGUGGUGCUGUCCAGUUUAUUAAUGAUGUCUAUGUGGAAAGGGGAGCUGUACAGGAGGAAUAGAUUUGCAUCCUCCCAGGAAUCUGCAAAGCUGUAUGGUUCUUUCAAUUUUAGAAUGAAAUCCAGCACAAAUGAUAAUACACUAGAGUUAUCGUUAGUAGAAGAAGAUGCAUUUGCCAUAGAUAAUUAGCAUGGUCAUGAUUUUUAAGGCAGUAUUUCUACAGGAAAAUAUGUUCUAUUAAAGAAAACAAAUUCAGCUAAAGAUAGGUAGUAAUGCAGUUUAAUUACCUGGCAAUAAAUGUCUUUCCUUAAACUCUGUAACUGAAUGUUUGCAUUAUAAGGGGAAACCUGCUAGGGAUAAUAUAAUCAAUAUCAAUGACACUUUCUUAUUUAAACCAUUGAAUAAAAAUAAAUUUGUGAUAACCAGGUUCCCCAAAUCUCCUUUAUCCUGUUUUUAAAAUAUUUCCCCCUAUUUAAUUUCUUAGUAAUUCAAUACAAAACACUACCAUCCUGUCAUGUUUGAAAGCUGUUAAUUAUUACAGCCUACAUGAGGAUUAUUAACAGUCUGCUUGGUAAUAUAUUAAGGGAGAGACCAAAUCUUGCAUUUAAUCCCAGCAAUUAAAGGUGACAGUCUCUUAUACUUUCUUUUUAAAACUGACCCCUUUUUUUCCUGACAUGAAAGCCCAGAAAAUACCAGUAGUUCACCAUGUAUUCAUUGAAAACACAGAUGUCUAAUUUAGAAUUCUCCACCUUCUAAUUCACAAACAUUCAAUUUAUCUCCAAGUAAUUGUAUAAUCAGCGAUGAUUAUUAAAAAUGUGAAGUAUGGGUGUGGCGCAGGGGAGUGAAUAGCUCAGGGCAUGGGUAAUAGGAGAAAAAGGGCCUUUCACCUCUACGUCAGCAGUUCAAUUUCACUCCAGAUCGGCAGGGACUGAAAAUAGUUAACUUGUGAUGGCUCUUUGUGAAAUAAGUCUAGUUCCAAAUGGACAGAUGUCGGGGUAGAAAAACUGCCAUAAAUUGACACCAAUUGACCUCCUUGUUGGGAGUUUCAAAGAAGCCAAAGAUUGAAAGAGGAUGAAGAUGGAAAUCUCUCUUGCAACAGAGGUUUGAAGCAAGUUGCAGGGCUGUGCUUGUGCUGAGGCUCUCUGUGUUCUCUUGAAAAAUAGAUUUGAAUCCACUGAGGCUGCCAACUCUGCACCUUUCACAACCAGUGAAAAAAGAAAAGGGGGCUGCAUUCUACAUGGGUCAGCGCAAUAGCGUUCUGUGCUCCACCAAUCAGCAAUCUACUUGAUUUUUUUUAAAAUAUAGACUUCUAUAAAUAAUUGUCAGAAAAUAAAGGUUAGAUAUCUAGCAAUCAGACUGCCUGGCACUAACUUCAUACAGUGUAGUAGCUGGUCAAAGAAAGGUGAUGUUAUCAGUGAAGUCCAUGUAGCACAAUGGCCAGCGAUUAAAUGCUGAGGGAAUAUACUUGGAUGUCUAACAUCUUCAAUGGAAUGCUAAAAUAGAUGUGUUUUUGUAACUUUUAUUUUGAGAGGAAAAAAUGAAAAAUGUU